UCUUGGAUUUAGCUUUGCACAGAGUACUUUCUGUGUACAAAGGCGUGCAAACAAGCAAGCGAGACUUGCUCGUAAAAGUUGGUGGUUUUUGUACAUUAAAAUAGCCAAAGUAUAUUUAUUCAAUCAUGUCAAAUAGGAGACAGCAGCAGCCACCGCCAAAGAGCACAGAUUUUGUUGCUCAUGUUUACCAGGAAGAUUAUCGUGAGAUACAAAAGCUUGUAAAACAGUAUCCAGAAAUCGAAACCGGAGGCGACCUGUUUGGCUUGUGGCAAGAUGAGAGUACGGUCGUCAUUCAACUAUUUAUUGGCCCGGGAAAGAAUUGUAAUCGUACCACAACAUCAUUCCAUCAAGACAUCGAUUAUCUGAAGAAAGUUGGCUCCGUGAUUACGACUGAGGAUGGUUUAUGCAAUGUCGGUGAAUGGCAUUCGCAUCACCAGAUCGGAAUGCCUGGUCCUAGCAGAAAUGAUUGCAGAACGGUGUUCAGCAACAUGCCUCAACUUGGGCUCGAGCGAUUCGUGCUUUUCAUUGCAAGUAUUGAAAGCAAGGUCGCAGGAAGAAAAUCGCACAAGAGGUCGCUUGAAGUGGAGCUUGACGAGAUCAAGUUGAGGCCAUUUCUGUUUUUGGGCUCCAAAGAAAGUGUUGUUGAAGGUAAGAUUGAAAUAAUUCAUGGUAAGAACCCACAUAUCGAAAGUAGUCGCGCUCGGAGUGAAAUCGAAAAGGGAGCAGCUCUACCACCAGUUGAUUAUCUGCGGAGAAAGAAAGCAGACAAGAAAGAACAGGAAAAAGAAGAACAGCAAGCUCCCCAAUUUUCAAGGGAAACAAAACCCAACAAAAACAAGGAAAAGGCUGGUGGUGGGAAGGAAAGUUCAGCAACAUCUUACGACAACUUUCAUGGAAGAGUUAGCAAUGAUGAAAAUCGAUCACCAAAUCGUAGCCAAGCAGCAUCUCAGGAAGGCAGUAAUUAUGGCAAAACCGGUUCUCGACAAGGUGUCCAAGGGGAUCGAGAUCGUACUCAAAGAAACACGCAACAUGAGACGCGUACAGAACUACAUACUAGCCAAGGACAAGUUUCCACACCUAUUGACGCCUUGACCGGCAAAGGAUUUUUUUAGACCAUUGUUGUAGUUAAUUCAAAAAAGUUAUAAUGACUUAUAAUCAUGAUUAGUAGAUCAAUUUUGACUUUUUUUUUAAUAUAAACCAAGUACUAAAAAGA